AUGGAUUGGUCCAAAAAGUUAAAAAUGUUGAAACACAUCAUACAUGGUUUAGAUCAUAUUCACAGUUUAAAAAUUAUUCAUCGAGACUUUCAUAGCGGAAAUAUUCUUUAUGAUUUCGGAUGGUUCUCGGUAAUAUGUGAUUUAGGAUUGAGUAAGUCCGCCAUUGAAUCGAAGGAUGAUGAUGAAAUCUAUGGAGUAAUUCCUUAUAUUGCACCAGAGAUACUUCAAAGCAAAAGGUAUACGACAGCCUCAGACGUGUAUAGUUUUGGAAUGAUUAUGUGGGAAUUAAUGACGGGCAGGAGACCUUUUUGGAACGAACAUCAUAGUUCACCUCUCAUCUAUAGAAUCUGUUGUGAUUAUCGACCCCCAAUUGUCACAAAUGCGCCUGAAGGUUAUAUAGAGUUAAUGCAAGGAUGUUGGAUCAAUCCGGAAGAAGAAUUUCAAGGACGAUUACGUCAAGACGAAAUGCAAGAACAAGAACAACCACAAGAACAGCUAAUACAAGAACAGUUACAUCAAGAAGAGUCACAAGAUCAGCUAGAAGUUCAAGAAUGGUUUCAUCAAGAACAAUUACAAGAACGACUACAUUAA